GUGAGGCCGCGAAGCGAAUGGUCGAGGAUUUUAUCCUCAAAUCUCGAAACGGUCAGCCGACAUCUACCAAUGCGGCGCCGAUCUUGCCCCCGGGAGCUCAGCCUCCCAUCCCUCGAUCCGCCGUACUCUCUGUUAUCGGGAAUCGUGUCCAGCCACGAACUCCGACUCUGGCUCUCCCUCCACGAGCAGCGGCUCCACUAUCAGCGCGUCCGUUCCCAGCCCCGAGCAUCGUGAGUCCUCUUCGUACUCCGACACAGCCAGGAACGAACGUACCCCGACAAGCGAUAGCUCGAGAGCAAGCUCCAGCACUCAAUCCGGUGACUGCUUUCGCGUCACCUAGUUCCGCCGGUGGUGCGGCUCCUAACCCCAUAGUGCAAUCGAGUUCCCCAACGGCGGCUCCUAAUCGUAAGCAAGCUGUAAUCGAAUCUUUAGUGGAGGUACCCCUAUCGAUCGCGAAAGAAGUGAGCGAGAGAGCAGCGGAACUGGCCGCGAAAAGUCAGUGUACUUUCCAGGUCGUACUCGAGAGGAAUCGAGCGCUAGUGAGGAUCGGAAACCCGGAUUUGGUCACUCGAAUCAUGGCCCGGAAGCUGCUGAACGACUUGGUUGCUACUCUGCUGCCGAAAAUCGAAGAAACUUUCCCCAAGUCCCCGGAGAAACCGGAUGCAAGAACUGGCUCCCUCCCAACCCAGGGCGCCAAAUUUUCAUCAGCACUGGAUGGAUGGAACGCUCCGAUUCGAGUUGAAAGUCAGGACUCCCCCGUGAUCGAAGGUGUUUUGGUGAAGAACUUCUACAAAGAGCAUCCGGAAAUCACGGCUCUGACUAGAGAACAGGUUUCAGCAUUCCGUAAAGAGAACAUGGAUAUCAACGUCAGAUCUCUCAGCAAGCAGCCUCUGGCUGCUGAAAUUCCCAAGCCUAUUAUGCGGUUUGAACACGCAUUCGGCGAGUACCCGGAAAUUAUGAAACAGCUGCUUGCGAAGUUCGAGAAGCCAUCCCCUAUACAAUGCCAAUCGUGGCCGAUUCUAUUGAGUGGUCGCGACAUGGUCGGCAUCGCUCAGACCGGAACCGGGAAAACUCUGGCGUUCUUGCUCCCGGCCUUCAUUCACAUCCGAGGCCAAGCACCCACGGUCUCGAAAAGGUACGAAGGACCCACGGUGCUCGUCUUGUCACCGACGAGGGAGCUUGCGAUUCAGAUUUACGAUGAGUCUCGGAAAUAUACUUAUCGCAAUAUCAAUUCGGCCUGUUGUUACGGAGGAGCUUGUCGCGGUGAUCAGAUGAGCCAGCUGCGCAAAAACCCGGAAAUCGUCAUCGCGACUCCCGGUCGUCUCAACGACCUCGUCGAGAUGAUGGCUGUCUCCUUGAGGAAGGUCAGCUAUCUGGUUCUGGACGAGGCCGAUCGGAUGCUGGACAUGGGUUUCGAGCCUCAGAUUCGCCAGAUACUCGAUUACAUGACCUCGAACCGACAGACAGUGAUGACCAGUGCGACAUGGCCGCCGAACGUUCGGAAGCUGUCGGCGAAAUAUCUUCAGGAUCCGGUGCAGGUGAUCAUUGGAUCCCUCGAUCUGAGUUCCGCGUUGACAGUGACUCAGCGGUUCCGAAUGGUUCGCUCUGACGAAAAAUUUCCGAUCCUGCUGAACCUGAUGAAGAGUCUCAAACCGACCGACAGAGCGAUUGUGUUUUGUGGGAGGAAGCUGACAACCGACGGGGUCGCCAGAAAAUUGCAGCAAAGUGGCAUCAAUGCGGAGUCUAUCCACGGAGAUCGCGAUCAACGAGAGCGCGAAGCCGCGCUCCGACACCUCAGGACCGGGAAGUCGAGGAUCCUCGUCGCUACCGACGUCGCCUCGAGGGGUCUCGAUGUGCCUGAAAUCACAGUUGUGGUGAAUUUCGAUUUUCCGCAAAAUAUCGAAGAGUACGUUCACAGAGUUGGUCGAACGGGUCGGGCCAAUGCCUUUGGAAGCAGCUAUACGUUAAUGACCGCUGCUGAUAGAAGGUUUGGGCCAGAGCUUGUGAAGAUCCUCGGAAACGCUAAACAGCAAAUCCCAGAAUGGCUGAGGAACUUGUGAACUUUAGUCGAGUAUGGUUUCGAUAGAAGUCCCGAGCAUUAAGCGCCAUUCCGCGGUCGACUCGGAAAUACGCGUCAAUAAAUGAUAUACGAAGAUGACAAAAUGUACUGAUCGGACAUUUUGGCAUCGAGAUCCGGAA